GUUUUUUUCCCUUCCUCUUCCCCGCCCGGACUUAAAAUCGCCUGCAAAACACAAAACACUUUUCUAGUCUUAGUCUCUGUUUCCUCGUUUAAAGCCCAAUUUUCUCUUUCUCCUCUUUUCCCCCCUUCUUCUUCUCUUUUCCUUCUCUUCCCAUCGUCGCUUUCAUCUCUCUUCUCAGUAUCCAAUUCUCUAUAUAUACUCUACUCAAUUGGUUUACUUGCCUAUCUACUACUCAAAGAAGAAAUCAUCACAAUGCUCCCCUCUGUUGUCCUCCUUUCCACUCUAGCUGCCUCGGUUGCGGCAAGCUCCGGCAACUACUCUUUGCCUGAUAGCUUCAAUGUUGGAGAGGUUGAGUUGAGCACUCGAAACUCCUGGUGUACUGCCGAGCGGAACUCUUGCCCAAAGAUCUGCGGUGGAGUCGCGUAUGGCAACACAUGUGACCCGGAAACUCUUGACUUCACUUGUACCUGCGUGAAUGGUACUGCCGCAGACACUGAACCUUACACAAACACUAUCCCCUACUUUGUCUGCCAGGCCAACUAUGCGCAAUGCAUUAACGCGCAUCCCGACGAUGCCGAUGGCCAGCAGGAGUGCAAAGACAACGCCAAGUGUGGCAGCAAGGAUCCUUCGGAUGCCACCUCUUCGUCUACUACUACAUCUUCUUCGUCCUCUGCCACUUCGGCCACUUCCACCGCCUCUGUUACCAACAAGGAUGCUGUAACUGGUUCCACCACCGCCAGCAGCGAGACUGCUUCUAGCACUACCAAUGCUGCUGGUACUCUUCGCGACCACUCGACUGGUCUCUUGGCCACUGCUCUUUUCCUGGCCGUUCGUCUCGUUCUGUAGAUGAUGUGGUGAUAAACCGCUGUAACGCGACCAUGGGAUACCAAAACAAAAAGUUCCACCGGUUCAAUAUCCCUAUAUAAUACCUUGUUUCGAUUUCUUGCUGCACUGCUUGUUUGACUUUUUUUUUUUUUUGGCUUGCUGCAUGUUUGCUGAUU